GAGGGAGAGAGUCCUGUUUGGGUAGGGUAGUCCUUUGAUUUAAUUCGGAAUUAAAUUCCCUCAGCUCCUAAAAUCAAGAGCGAUGGACAAUUACUGGAUAACGAUUUCAAGAAGGGUUCCGCCGUGAUCUCUUUGAUCAGUCUUACUCGGAAUUUCCCCAAAGAUGGCAAGCCGAGUUACUCGCUCAAGGAGACAGCAACCAUCUCAGCAGCAGGAACAGCAGUCGAGAGCUAGGUGGACGACAUUCCUGACUAAGAUACUUGCAGACCUGUUGGUUGAACAGGUACACAGAGGGAACAGACAAAACAGUUCUUUUAGCAAGAAAGCAUGGAAGUCUAUGUGUGAUGACUUCUGUAAGAAAACUAGUUUGAAAUGGGACAAGGAGCAGUUAAAGAAUCGGUAUGGGGUCUUGAGGAGGCAGUAUGUUCUUGUCAAGUCGCUUCUUGAUCAGACUGACUUCAGCUGGAAUGAAUCUACUGGGGAUGUAAUAGGCAAUGAUGAAGCUUGGGCUGAAUUUAUCAAGGGUCAUCCUGAUGCUGAAACCAUAAAAACCAGUGGCUGCCCAAUCUACAAACAACUCUGUACAAUAUUCUCAGAGCCGACAACCAAUGGGAAGCAUGACUACUCAGCUGAACUCGGGGGAGACGUUCCUUCCUCGCUACCUUCUUUGGAGCCGUUGAGCACGAUUCAAGAAGAGUCGUCAUCUGAGUCUGAGGAAGCAGAGGAUGUGGCGGAUGAUCAGGACGACACAGUUCAACCUUCUGCCCCUGGUAUAAAUCGCAAGAGGGGACGCAAGGGAAUAGAUGAUGCUAUCGCAGCAGCUAUACUGGAGAUGGCAGCUGCUUCGAAGCUGAGGACAGCUGCUGUAAGACAAUCUAAGGCCAGAUACAGCAUAGCUAGUUGUAUAAAAGAAUUGAACGAGCUGCAAGGUGUUGAAGAGCGUGUCUACUUCGCGGCUCUGGACCUGUUCAACAAUCCUAAUGCCAGGGAAAUGUUCCUGUCUCUCAAAGGAGACAAGCGCUUGACUUGGUUGCAGCGGAAGUGCGUUGCUCCAUCCAAUGCCCGAGGUUGAUAGAAGGAAAUUUUGUUAGUGCUAGUCGGAUGUUUCUGUAUCUAACCAAUCCAGACAAGCUGAUUCUGUAUGUAUGGCUAUCAUCAUCAAAUGUAACAUAUGACUUUUUCAAUCACCAAGCUGCAGAGCACUUUGUUUUAGUUCAAAGGCAUUCUCUAUCAGGAUAUGGCAGUGGCAUUGAAAUU